ACGGCAACGGCAACGGGAACGGGAAAGGGAAAGGGAAAGGGAAACGGGAAGCAGGCAAAAAGGACGAUAUCAGACGCGGAGCCAUUAAAACGCUUCAAUCACAGCGCAAAUCUGUUCAUGUGUGCGCCAAACAAAACAGAGAGAAAUUAAAUAAACAAACAAACAAGCGGCAAAAGCAAAACGACGCAAACAUCGCCAAACGGAAAACAAAAAUAAAACGAACUGAAUAACAAAAAGUAAAAAAGCAACAAAAAACAUCAGCGAAAUUCGGCGUUUAAAAUUCACACAUAAAAAAUGUAAUGGAAAGCAUUAGUGCUCAUAAAAAAUGGAUUUACACAGCCUUUUUAAGGCUGUCCUGAUCCUGUACAUCAUACGAGGUGAGAGCAGCUUUACUGUGCACGGCUUGGAUCUGCAGGGACCGAUAUUUCUGCACGAGCCGCCGCAUCGCGUUGAGUUCUCCAACAAUUCGGGCGGCCUGAUAGAGUGCUCCGGCCAUGGCAGUCCCCCACCAGAGGUGGAAUGGACGCCGAUACCGCCGCAGCAGGACAUGGUCUUUCAGCUGUCCAAUGGCAGCAUGAUGUUCUAUCCGUUCACGGCCGAAAAGUAUCGACACGAGGUGCACGCCACCGUCUACAGAUGCAAACUACGGAAUCUGGUCGGCACCGUGCUCAGCCGGGAGGUGCACGUGCGCGGCGUUGUCAACCAGAAGUAUACGGUGCAGGUGCACGACGAGUACGUGAUGACGGGCAACACGGCGGUGCUGAAAUGCCAGGUGCCCAGCUACAUGUCGGAAUUUGUGCUAGUCACCGCCUGGGUGCAGGACACCGGCAUGCAUCUGUAUCCAAACACGGACAUCGGCGGCAAGUACACGGUCCUGUCCAACGGCGAAUUGUACAUAAAUAAUGCGGGGCCCAAUGAUGCGUACAAAAGCUACACAUGCCGCACUGUAAAUAGACUGACAGGUGAAAUACAAAUUUCAACAUAUCCCGGCCGCAUUAUCGUAACCGAGCCCAAGGGCAUGGUACAGCCGCGCAUUAACGUCGAGAAGCAUUCGAUGCGGCAUGUCGUCCUUAAUGGCCAAACAACGUUGCCCUGCAUUGCUCAAGGACAUCCAGUGCCGACCUAUCGCUGGUUCAAGGAGGAGAACGAACAGCUGCUGCCGCUGCAGUUGAGCGAACGCAUCACGAUUGUAUCCGCGGGUCUGCUCAAAAUAACCAAGGCGCGUCUCGAGGACAGCGGCAAAUAUCUGUGCUGGGUCAAUAACACAGCUGGCGAGGAGACCAUCCAGGUGUCUCUCACUGUGACAGCUCCCUUGACCGCACACCUGCAGCCGCAGGUGCAGACCGUGGACGUCGACAAGGAUGCACAAUUCCAAUGCAUUGUCUCUGGCCAUCCGGUGCACGAUGUCAACUGGCUGCACGAUGGCAAGCCAAUAUUGCGCGACAAUCGCGUCGAGAUAUUAACGGACCCAGCGCGUCUGAUCAUUAAGAAGGUGCAAAAGGACGAUCCGGGCAUGUAUCAGUGCUUCGUCUCCAACGAGUGGGAGCAAAUCCAAUCGACAGCUGAGCUCCAAUUGGGCGAUGCUUCGCCGGAACUGCUUUAUUGGUUCUCGGAGCAAACACUGCAGCCGGGUCCGACGGUAUCAUUGAAAUGCGUUGCCACCGGAAAUCCACUGCCGCAAUUUACAUGGUCUUUGGACGGAUUUCCGAUACCAGACAGCUCUCGCUUUUUAGUGGGUCAAUAUGUUACCAUCCACGACGAUGUCAUCAGCCAUGUGAAUAUUUCAAACGUCAAGGAGGAGGACGGCGGCGAGUAUACCUGCACGGCGCAGAAUGCGAUUGGCAAGGUCUCGCAUAGCGCCAAAGUGAACAUCUAUGGGCUGCCUUAUAUACGUGAAAUGCCAAAAAUAACGGGAAUCUCUGGCUCUGAUUUGAUUGUUAAAUGUCCUGUGGCUGGUUAUCCCAUCGAUAAAAUACACUGGGAGCGCGAUGGGCAAACGCUGCCCAUAAAUCGACGACAGCGCGCCUAUAACAAUGGCACCUUAAUUAUCGAGCAGCUGCAGCGGCUGGAGGAUGCGGGCACGUACACGUGCAUGGCCCAAAACAAGCAGAAGCAGACAUCCAGGCGCAAUGUGGAGAUUCAAGUGUUGGUGCCACCGAAAAUCAUGCCCAUUCAGGCCAUGACGAAUAUGUUGCGCGAGGGCAUGCGGGCCGCCAUAUCCUGCCAGAUCCUGGAGGGCGACCUGCCGGUCAGCUUUCGCUGGGAGCGCAAUGGCAAGCCGCUCAUAGGCACCGGCAAUGAGGUGUUCCGGCGCCUGGACGAGUACUCGGCCAGCUUGGUCAUCGAGCACAUCAGCUCGGAUCACUCGGGCAACUACACGUGCAUCGCCAGCAACGUGGCGGGCACGGAGAGAUUUACGGUGCCGCUGACGGUGAAUGUACCGCCCAAGUGGAUACUGGAGCCGAAGGACUCGAGCGCACAGUCCGGCACAGAUGUGCUCGUGCACUGUCAGUCCGCCGGCUAUCCGAAGCCGACGAUAACGUGGAAGAAGGCGAUUGGGCCGACGCCCGGGGAGUACAAGGACUUCCUCUACGAGCCCAGCGUGCAGCUCUUUCCCAAUGGCACCAUCUACUUCAAGAAGAUCAGCAAGGAGUCGCAGGGGCACUUCCUCUGCGAGGCCAAGAACAACAUUGGCUCCGGUGUCAGCAAAGUGAUUUUCCUCAAAGUCAAUGUGCCCGCCCACUUUCCAACGAAAACGAAACAAAUCUCGGUAGCCAAGGGCAAGCAGGUGCAUGUGCAGUGCAAUGUGCAGGGCGACAAUCCAAUUGACUUCAAAUGGAAAAUCCAGGCAACGCAACAAUAUCUUGACGAGUCGCUCGAUUCACGCUAUACAAUACGAGAUCAAGUGCUCGACGAUGGCAUGGUCUCCGAAUUGGGCAUUUCGCACACAUACCGUCAGGAUACAGGCAUUUAUAUCUGUCAGGCCAACAAUGCAUUUGGACAGGACGAGAUGUCCAUACAGCUAAUCGUGCAGGAGGUGCCGGAGCAGCCGAAGAACCUGCGCAUCAACUCGCAGCAGUCGCGCAGCCUGCAGCUGACGUGGAGCCAGCCGUUCGCCGGCAACAGUCCCAUCGAGCAGUAUCACAUCUACUACAAGCAAAUCUCAGGUGAGCAAGCGAUGGCAGCGAUGGGCGGGUGUGGCCAGGGCAAGAGCUUGUGCUCACGCUUCACGCACUUCACAGACAUCUGGCAGAAUGCGGAGCACAUUGACAUCAGCGGCGCCCAGACAGUGGUCAACAUACAGCAGCUGCGCCCGGCCAAGGCCUACCACAUACGCAUGUCGGCGGAGAACAAGCUGGGCGCCUCCGAGUUCUCGGAGGUGGUGCAGGUGACCACGCUGGAGGAGGUGCCGUCGGGGCCGCCGCUGCAGGUGCGAGCCGAGGCCAAGAGCUCGACGGAGAUCGCCGUCACCUGGGAUGCGCCCGAGCGCGAGCACUGGAACGGCAUCCUGCUGGGCUACUAUGUGGGCUACCAGAUGUCGCUCACGCCCGAGGACAAGGAGGUGAAUCCCACCCAGGGCUUCAGCUUCAAGACCGUCGAGGUGCGCUCCCACUUUGGCGGCGAGACGGUGCUCAGCAAUCUCAACAAGUUCACCCAAUACCAUGUGAUUGUCCAGGCCUACACCAGCCAGGGCAGCGGGCCGCCCAGCAAGGAAAUUGCUGUGCAAACAAUGGAGGAUGUGCCCUCAUCCCCGCCAGCGUCGCCGCAAUGCGAUGUGCUUGGCUCCACAUCGAUUUAUAUCACCUGGUCACCGCCGGAUAUUGACGGACAAAAUGGCAAAAUCAAGGGCUACAAAGUGUUUUACAUAUCGGUCGAUGAGCUUUACGAAGCGGAGCCGGAGGUUGUCAAGUCAACAAAUCAAUACGUCACCAUUGAGAAUCUGCGCAAAUACACAAACUACACGGUUUGGGUUUUGGCUUACACCAAAGUGGGCGACGGGACGAAAACCAAACCAUUUUAUUGCCGCACCCAUGAGGAUGUGCCAUCGGCGCCGCAGGCCAUCAAAGCGAUACCCGCGUCGAGCACCAAAAUCAUCGUAUCCUGGCUGCCGCCCGAUCUGCCCAAUGGUGACAUUACUGGCUACACCUUCUACAUGUCCAUGCUGGAGGGCGGUCGCGAGGAGGGCACGCACAAGCGGCUGCUCGGGCCGUACGUGGAGAUGCACGAGACGGUGCGCACGCAGGAGUCGGCCACCUACCAGUUCUGGCUGACGGCCUCCACCAAGAUGGGCGAGGGCGAGAAGACGCAGGUGGUGACGGUGCCGCCGAACAACAAGGUGCCCGCGCGCAUCGUCUCGUUCAGCCAGCGCAUUGUGACGCCCUGGAAGGAGAACCUGGAGCUGCCCUGCCGCAAGGUGGGCGCGCCGGCGCCGGUGACCAUCUGGCGGCAGGACGGGCACAACAUGGAGACGAGCGCCAGGAAGACCAUAGCCAAGAACGGGACGCUCUACUUGCGCGAGUGCCAGGCUAGCGAUGCGGGCAACUACACCUGCAGCGUGGAGAACACCUGGGGCAAGGACGAGAUCGUGUACAGCAUUGUGGUCAAGGUGCCGCCGGAGGCGCCCAACCUGACGGUGGUGAACAGCUACACGGACAGCCUGCACCUGGAGUGGCUGGACAACAGCCACGGCGGCAGCCCCAUCCUGGGCUACGUGAUCAACUACAAGCGGGACAACGGCGACUGGGAGGAGCUGCAGGUGGACGCCAAGACCAACUCGCACCUGCUGAGCAACCUGUGGUGCGGCACGCGCUACCAGCUGUACAUAACGGCCUACAACAAGAUCGGCACCGGGCUGCCCUGCGACAUCGUCAACUCCUACACCAAGGGCAACUCGCCCGUGCAGCCGAAGCACUCGCAGAUGAUAACCAACAACUCGACGAGCGUCACCUGCUGGCUGGACUCCUGGGGCGACGGCGGCUGCGGCAUACUCUACUUCAUGAUCGAGUCGCGGGUCUACGGCCGCUCCACCUGGAACGUCGUCUCCAACCACAUACCGCCCACCGAGCGCAUCUACACGGUCAGCGACCUGGUACCGGGCACCAAGUACCAGCUCAAGGUGACGGCCCACAACAAUGCGGGCUCCACGACGGCGGUCUACAACUUUACGACGCUCUCGCCCCAAGGCGUCCUCUACAACAACGACCAUUCGACGCCCGUCUCGCACUUGAGCGAUCUGCCCUUCUAUGCGAAUUUCAAGCUCCUGCUGCCCAUCUGCGUGUCGCUGCUCAUGCUGCUGGCGCUCAUCGCGGCGGCGCUGUUCCUGCGCAAGCGAAAGCUGAGCAACCAGGCGCGCCUGGCCAGCUCCUCCAUGUCGGAGUCGCCCUCCCUGGCCAAUCUGCAGAACAAGCAGAAUCGCGACCAGCAGUACUUGGCUGUGCGCUGCAACCCCACGAACUCCGCGCCGCGCGGCUCCAACUCCAACGACUCGGGCAGCUUUGGCAAGGCCGAGGGCAACGAGUACAUCGAGGACAUCUGCCCCUACGCCACGUUCCAGCUGAACAAGCAGACGUACAGCGAGAGCUCCUACAGCGGCAACGUCUACAGCGGCCCGUAUCACUCGGUGCGCGGCUCCUUUGUCUACCACGAUGUCAAGCCAGAGAGCUAUCAUUCCAAGGAACCAGAGUAUACAAAGGUGCGCCGAAAAGUAGGCCGUCUACGCGAUCCACACUCAGAGAGUCAAGAAUAUGACACACUCGGCUCCGAGUCCGACAAUGAUGUGUCCGCCCGCGCUCUUAACUCGGCCAAAUAUCGCGCACAACGCGACACUCAAGAUGAGACAUCCUCCUCGUCGGAGACCACGCCCACCAGCAUGACCCGCAAAUCGAAGCCCCCCUUCGCCGCCCGCAAGUCCAGCAAGCCGGGCACCAGCGGCAAGCGCCACGUGCGCAGCUCCAGCGGCUACUCGAGCCACAACGAGGAGACUACAUUUAGCAUAUCCAACUAUCCACCAAACUAUCAGGACCACAUCAAUCCACCGGCCCGUUUCUCGGAUGCCAACGACAAGGCGAAGACACAAACGUCGCCGCGAAUGCGUGCCAAUCAGAAGCUGCAGCGUGAAGCUUUCCAAAUCAAUGUCUAAGGACACAUAAACUACAUU